AUGUCGAUCUCUUUAUCCUCUCUUGGGAAUCUUCUAACCAAUUGUAUUGGCAUACCACUUUUCAUCGGUGGGUUAUUCGGCAAUUGUUUGAAUCUGAUUGUUUUCCUCAGUCUUCGCACAUUCCGACAAAGUUCGUGUAUAAUUUACUUGACAGUUAUGUCUAUCUUAAACAUUGGCCAGUUAUUAAGUGGAUUGUUACCACGUCUUUUCAUCACUCUGUUUGAUCUCGAUGGAAAUGAUACUUCGUUGUUCUACUGCAAAUUUCGGCCUUAUAUUUUUCACGUUUGUACCGUCGGUUCACUGUCAUGCCUCUGCUUAGCAACAUUCGAUCAAUAUUGUGCGACUUGUUCAAGGCCUCGUCAGCAAGCAUGGUGCAAUACUCGACUAGCAAAACAAUUAGCAAGUCUUAAUCUACUCAUUUGGGUAAUACAUGGAAUUCCAUAUCUGAUAUUAUUCUAUCAGACUGUGUCGCCGGCGACAAAUCAAGUUUCAUGCGUUAGUACAGAUUGGAUUUUUGCCCAAUACCGUUCUUAUGUAAUCGUUCUUGUCUUAUUGGGUUUCGGACCGGUUCUCAUUGCAACGAUAUUCGGAUUAUUGGCUUUUGGUAAUGUAAAGCAGAUGGCUUUUCGUGCCGUGCCUUUAGUUCGACAGGCGCUUGAUAAACAAUUAACGAGUAUGGUUUUGGUGCAAGUUAUCGUAAAUAUGUUUACCAUUUUCCCGCACACGAUUAUCAAUAUGUUGAUGACAAUUCCAAAUCUUAUCAAUGAGCCGGAUCUUCACAAAACAUUCCUAUUCAUAUUUUCCUUAACUCUUCUCAAUUACUACUUAUAUUUUGCAAGUCCGUUUUACAUUUAUAUCUGCACAUCUGAACGAUUCCGUAAGCAGCUCAGUCAUGUGCUGUGGAAAAUUCAUUUUAAUCGAUGCCUGCAGCUUAACGUACCGAAUAAUUUGGUUCGACCAGCAACUUAA